AUGGAGAAGCUACCGACCGAGCUUCUAGAGAAGAUACUUCUGCCAGAGAACUUUGAAUGGCCCGCCGAUUUCGACGAGACGACCGCAUUGAUCGAUGACCUUUUCGACGUCAACUUCUUCAACACUUGGAGGCGGUCAUGGGUGUAUCUUCGUGUCUGCCGCAGCUUCAACGAGGUGCUGAAGCCCAUUCUCUCUGCCAAGUUUAAAAGACAGGAUGUCGCGCUUUUAAUGCUGCUUAACGAUUCACCACAUCGGCGGCUGCAGGUACUUCAUCCGCCACGGGACGAACGCGAGACUUCAGACUUCAAAUAUUUCCUCAAAUGUUGGGAUUGA